AUGAAAUCGAUCAUAGCGAUAAUUGUGGUAUUUCUGGUGUCCAAAGCAUCCCUCGAAGAAAGUAUUAAAGCAUCGCUUAAGGCCGACGAUAAACAGUUGGAACAAAUUGUUUCAAAUGAUCCAGAUCAUGAGCAAACGAAGCGAUUUCACCAUCCAUCUCAACAUCGGCAUGCAAUGCACCCACCCGUCAUCUUAGAAACGUUGCCUCUUCCUACCUCAGAGACGGAAUCUCCAAAAAUCACAUUCAUCCCUUCAUUUCCACUCCCACAACUGGACCCAUUGCCGCCUUCUCUGAAAAAACAAGAGGAGGAGGAAGAGUAUUAUGAUGAGGAGCGUCCCACAACGACGACCGUGUCUUCCACCUCAUACGUUCCUAAUCAUCCGCCUCCAAUACCAUUCCCAUUCCUAUUUCAAAAAGGUCCGUUCGGAGACCGUGAACCCUUAGCCCCCUUACAAACAAGGAAGGAGCCGACACUGCCGGAAGCAACAGACGAUGGGCUACCACCAAUGUUUCCAUUCCCAUCCAUCCAAACGACCUUGUUCCCUCCGAUCGAGAUGAGUGGGGUGGGGGGAGGAGGAGAUGGAAAGUUAGAAGUCCCAGAGUUGAUUCAAGAUGCUCCAGAUAGGGGCAAUGGUCCCCCGAUUGAAAUCCGACUCUUCAAGUCGUUAAUGUCCUCACCUACUCAUUCCUCUUUUGACACCCUCAACGCACCUCCAUUCAUCAAGGAUUUACCAGAGUUUGAAAGACUAGAAAUAUUUGAUCCGAAAAAUACUAUGUUUUCUGAAAAUCAUGAGGGUGGUGACUGGUCCGCACCCUCACCGACAACUAGUAACAAUUCACCAAUAAUGACUACAGAGAAAGCACUGGCGGUGCAGACGACACCUGGAAAGAAAGACAGUGACGAAUCCGCUGAAAAUGAGAAUAGUGAUGACACAGAGGAGAUAAAAUGUUUUACAAUUCCAGAUAUUUAUAAAGGCACUAAGAAAAUGGUGAAAGGUUUCAAGAAAGGGGAAACUUGGGUUGAUAGUUUCAGCUCUGUGGGACGAUCAAUAAAAAAAGCGGCCAAGUCUGUGACGAAAUGUGGUCAUAAAGUGUGGACGGAUUUCACACAUUUUCUAGGAUUCAAGAAAAGGUCAAUUUCUCAAGAGAAAAGUGAUGAUCUCGCUCUGAUCAAACGUUCAGCCGUGGAAGGGAACUCCCAGAACUACUCCCCAGAGGAGAAGAAGGAGGAGGAGAAGGGUGGGGUGUGGACGCAGACGAGCCGGAUGGCGAGAAAUGUUCAAACAUUAGCUGAGAAUGCAGGAGAAAAGUUUGCAAGCUGGUUUUCAAAGAGAAGUGCAGAUUACAAUGGAGACAAAGGAGUUGUUGUCCUCUCAUAAACAUAGUAGCUUUUAUACACGCUUGUUAUAUAUGCAUAUUUAUUGUCUCAUUUUUAUCCCUCUACUUUAUGUUCAAUUCUGUAUUAAUUUUAUGGAACA